GAGAUUGGACAGAAGACCAAGAAGGCCAAUUACCAGUUCUGUCCACCGGUGCACCGGAUUUCGAUCCUCAGGCUCUUCGCCAAGCAUGCAUCGCAACAUCCCCUUCUCCCCGAGCGUCACGGCGAGAAGCGAACAAGGGAAGACAUUCGCCGUGACGCAGUCGAGGAGAUGUACCGGCACUGCGAAGUGAAUAACCUAUGUGAGGUUUGGGCUUACCUUUGGACGUCCUGGUACUCACGGAAACGAUGGCCACUGUGGGCACGCGGCGCCUACGCAACAAGUAUCCCUUGCAAGCGCACGACCAUGAUGGUCGAAGCCCUCUGGCGCAAUCUCAAGCGACUCGUCCUCCACAUGUACAACCGCCCACCUGUCGAUCUCGCUGUUCACGCCAUCAUUACAAAGGCACUCCCACCCUAC